AUGAUGGGGCUGGGAGCUAGGAUGGCUUGCCCUGGAAUGCUCAAAGGCUCUGGUCUUGCGGUGUCAAAUAUCGCCAGGAGAGAUACACGCUGGGGACCCUCACACUCCCCCACCCUCUCCGCCUUCUCCUCACAUCUACACUCAGAAGCCCGUCAGUCAGAGCCACAUGCAUGGCCAGCACUAGAGCAGUGGCGUGGCCAAGAUGCCUCUGGCAAAGAGACACUACAAGGUCUGCGUCGUGUACGUGGGCUAGAGGAUCACCCUGUCGAGGUCGAGGUGGGCAAACGCGGCCGCGGGUAUCUGGAUGGGGAAGCUGGGGGUUGGCAAAAAGUGCGCAUGCCCUUUGGGAUCUUCCUCGAGGCCUUCAUCCUGCGCUCGAUACCCUCUGCGGACCCGGACCUGAUAGGGUACGUAGCCCAACAGGACCUCCUGGCUGAUCUCCCCGAGCUGGCAGAGGCCUGCCCCGUACUACCGCACACGUCUUCUGGACCUCGUGGAGAUCGGGAGCAGUGGAGAAGGAAUGUCUGGAUUGGGCCAGAGGGGACUUUCACUCCUAUCCAUCGGGACCCGUAUGAGAACCUUUUCGUACAGGUCAUUGGGACGAAGCGCGUGCACCUUUUCCCACCCUCAUACGGCCCGAAUCUCUACCUUUCUCCUUCCACGACCAGCCAGUCAAACACGAGCACGAUACCCACAGAAGACUAUCUGCUGGAGAGUAGCGACUCAGAUACUGCUGCUCAGCGGGCUUCCCACUUCCCACUGCUCAAUGAGGCAAUGGCAUGUCAGGGCGCAGCUCACACCAUUCUUGGGCCAGGAGACGCACUCUAUAUACCUCAAGGCUGGUUCCAUUGCAUCAAGAGCUUAGAGACUAGCGUCAGUGUCAAUAGUUGGUGGCGAUGA